ACGCGACUCAUAAACAUAGCGUGCUCGGUAUCCAUGCUCCUUUAGUUCAAAGUGAAACACGGUACGAAACCGAGCACAACGUAGUCUCUCGCUUUUUAGUGAUUUGGAAACAAUUCUUUCUUUCUGUCGAAAACAUUAAGCGACGCUGUACGAACACCAUACCGGUUGGACACCAUCAAAUUACCUGUUCCCAACUGGUGAAAGACCAGAGACCGGAAGCAACGAGAACGGCGUGCCUUACACGGCGAAGGCGAAACGAGUUUUCACUCAGUUUUAAAGAAUCGGCGUAGCUUCACGAUUGUUCGACGGAUUCCUUUGAAAGCCAAAAGAGAACAAAACUCGCACCGCGAACUCUUGAAAGCUCAUUCCACUGACGGAUCGAGACGUACGUCAACGGAAAUGAAAAUCAGUUAAUAAUAUUGGGCGAGUAAGAAUAAAACGUUUACGUACACGAUUCCAAAAACGUGAAUAAAACUUCACGAAUAUAAUCUGAUCGUUCUCUGAGAAAAACUUGGUUGUCGGAGCCAUGGAUCUAAUAUACGUUCCCGAAGCCAUGACCUGCGGCUUCAUCAGGGGUCCUCAAUACCGGGACUACGAACAACCGUGGAAUAAAGACUACUUCAAUUAUGGCAAGUCGACGCGAGUACAAUCUCAGCGAUUGUCUCAGCAUCAUGAGCAGAAGGGAUUGUCGAAAGACAAUUGUCUCUUGUGUAAGGAGAAUAAAAGGCGAAGCCUGGCGGCUUAUAUAAGACAGAAGUCACGGAGGGAUUCGUGUCAAGAAAUUCACGAAGAAGAAGAAGAAGAACAUGACACACCGAGCACCAAAGAAGAGAGCACAAGCAUUGACAAUCUAAAGUUGAAAAAAGUUUCCAAAGACAAUGAGACAAAAGAAAUCAAGUAAUUCUAAUAUUUGGAAUCAUAUCACUUUAACUAUAAUGAGCCUUUAAAGAGUUUGCACCGGAAUGGAUGUAAAUGAGGAAGUUAAUAUGAUAGCUAUUAAGUUUAUAAAGUACACCUAUUGUUAAUAUUGUUAUUUAUUUUUAAAUACUUCUUAAAGACUUCUAAGUAUAUACUUGUAUCCAGAUUAGUAGUGGAUAUCCACAAUGUGGUUAAGCAAUAAUUUAUUUUUAUGUCUAAAGAAUAUUUUUUGUAUAACUUUCACUCGGAACUUAAUGAAAUUAAAAGAGAUAUAUUUGUUACUAUUUCACGAAAUUGUUAAGAUAGAUAAUAUAUUAAUGGGUAUAUGUAUACUUAAAAUUUGAAUGCAUAAUACUUAACAAAUAGUCUAAUACCAUUGUACACAUGCAUGACAUGAAACUACAGAAGCAAGUAUUAACAUUAUUCGAUUCUUCCGGUUUCCACGAUAUUUCUAUUUUUCAGUAAAGUAUAAUUACAUGUCUAUGCAAACAAUACGUAACUGCAUUUAUAUUUAAUGGCAAUUUUCAUAAAUAUAUUUAAACAUUAGAGGUAAAUUAGAUUUACCAAAUAUUCAACGCGGAGUUGAAUAUGAUUUGCAAGACUGAAUUUACACGUAAUACUAUACGAGCUAAAUAUGUUUUACAACAAAGAGAAUGUAACACAGAUUUUUAGUACAAUCAUAAAUUGUAUCAAAUGAUACCUCUACUUAUGCAAGUAACAAUUAAUAAUUGCUUAUACAUCAAUUAUUAUCGUAACAUUUAGAGACUGUUAAAGAAAAGCUUCGUUGUAAAGUUAAUAAAGAAAAUUGUUUACUUAAA